GUCAAAAUAAGAAAAAAUUCGAAAAUUCGAAAAAAAAAUUCGGUGUUCAUUUUAUCAAUUUAUAUGUACAUUACUGGAUUGCCGCAAUGUUUAGAGCUUUAUACCCUUAUGUCAAUGAUUCAGCUGGCUAUUUGAGUUGCCAAGAAGGUGAUUUAUUCACAGUGAUUCAAAAUGAUGGAGAUUGGAUUUUAGCUUUGAAUGCCUAUGGCCAGGUUGGAUACAUACCUGGAAAUUAUGUGACGAAAAAGAAGGGGAGCAAUGCUGAGGUGUUGAAGUUUAUUGAUCAAGGGGUAGAAGCAAUACACUAUGCUGCAACUGGAAACUCGGGAAGCUACACUCAUAGUCAAAGAGAAACAUUACAGAAGCUGAUUGAACACAGGAAAGCAGUUGUGAGUCAAGUUGAGAAGAGAAUGCAGCAAUCACAAAAGAUAGCAGCACAACCUAAACGUCACGCUCCUACAACUCCGCCAACACCCACGACAUCUGCUGACUCUGUUAAUGGACCAUUCAACAACUUCAAGUCAGGUCAAGGAAAGCAGAAAAGUAUGAAAGUGGCACCUCCACCACCCCCAGGUACCAAAGGUCCCCCACCACCCCCUAGGACAGUAAAUGUACCAGAAAACAAUGUUACUCGGCCUAAAGCACCAGCGCCUCAACCCCCUACUCCAUCUGAGUUUACUCCGGACUUUACAUACAACAGUGCAAUGGAUGCUCCUAAGUCAGCAACAGCUACCACUAAUGUUCCCUCAAAGGUAGAAGUACCUGAAGCACUUGGCCAAGAAUUAAUUGAACUAGUCAGGAGAAAGUCAAAUCUAAGUCACGAUGCUUCAAAAUCAACAAUAGCCAGUGUAUUAAGUCAUAUACGAACAGCAGUGCCCUCAAUUGGAAAUGUAAUGGAUGAUAUCAUAGUUCAACUUGCAGAUGUUGGGAAUCGCAACAGUAAGCUAGAAAGUAGUCAUGAUGCAGAGAGGUUGAAUGUUAUAUUCUCUGAGAUGGCGUAUUGUAAGGAUGAUUCUCAACAAAGAAGUUGGUCCCUCCAUGAGGAUGAGAGCGUCAUAACAGAGUACCUACAGGAGCUUAUCACAAUAUUAGAUAAUGCAGAUCCUGACAUUAUACGUCAAGUGCUACUUGCUGAUGACUUUGAAGCUCUAGAAACACUAGUUGUCUUCUAUCAGAUGGAGACCCGUGUGAGUAUACGAUUGUUACUACUGAAGAGUUUUGGAGCCCUAUGCGGACUAUCAUAUGAGGUUCUCUUUACAAUACUCAACACAGUUCUUCCUUUAGAGCUUACGAGGGACAUAAGGACAGACCUUUCCUCUGUGGAAAAAGUGAAAUACACUGGUCUUGUGCUGACAAUGCUGUUUUGUCAGGGCCAGCAGCCGCCUCUGCAUUUCUAUGAUCACAUCGAUGUGGAAUAUGUGCAAUAUUUCCUAGACACCAUAGACAAUCCUCCUGAAAUGGAUGAAGGUGUAUCAGACAUUUUAACCCAGUUUCUUUUAUCCUACAAUUUACACUUUAAAGAGCUUGAGAAGAACAUAGUCAUGAAAGCUCUUGCCAAUCACGGAACUGCUAAAGUAUUUACCGAAAAAGUAUUGCUGCUCUUCAAUAGAGGAGAUGAUCCAGUCAGGAUGUUUGACUACGAGCCAAAACCACCAGAUUCAUUAAUGAAAUUGUUGACAGAUAUAUUCAGUAGCAAGAAAACAGCCAACAUUAUCUACACAAAUGACGCUAUGGUGCUUAUAGACAUAAUUUUAAGACAAAUAACUGAUUUGUCAUCCGGAGAUAAGUUGAGGACGGAGUAUCUUUCCUUGAUGCAUCUGAUCAUACAGAAGUCUGACUAUGAGGAACACGUACAUAGGCGCCUAGAACUACAAAGUUGCUUCAUAAGGAUAUAUAAUGAAGAAGGGUCAAAUGAACAAUUACAAAUGGAUAGAUACAUUAUCAAACAAAUAUGGACAGAUUUCCCAAGUUACUUCAAUUCGAGCUGA